AUGAAGUAUCCUGCGAACAACUUUGCUUGGUGCCAGGACGUCCAUGGAGGGGAGCGCGACGAGAUCACCCGCGCAUGUCAGGUAGAAGACACCCACCUCAUAACCGGCACCCCAGCCACCCCAGACGGGAGAGGAGCUGUUGUCAGAUAUGUAGAGCUGUUUGCCAUUGAUGUGAUCGGGGCCGAUGGCACUGAUGGUGAAGCAGGACACUUGGGUCUGAAGGGGACAGCUAGUCGCGGUGGUGGCUGUGGCGGUUUGGGUACCCGUCACAGUGGUGGCCGUUUGAGAGACCACAAUGCGCGAGAAGGUCUCGGUUUUGAGGGCACCAAUUGCGGUGGAGGUAUAGAAGGUGGUUGUGGCGGUACCAGUGGCAACCUGAGAACAGGCAAGGGAGAUCUUGCUGGCGUCCCAGGUGGAGACCAGCGUGGGUUCGGCGACAGCGUGGUAACUGUGGGGUAUUCAAAGAUGGUGGAUGUGGUUGAGAUGGUUGUUGGCACAACGGUCUGUAUGGUCGAGGGCCCGGUAGGAAGUACAGAAGGCAGCACCGACGUUGCGAAGGGCACUGACCUCAUCUACUGUCGGUAUGUCGUUGGGAACGUUGAAACACUUGGUCUGGCCGGCCUUGUCACCAGACUGGGAGAGAACGGUGGUGGAGCCACCCGUGAAGAGGACUUCGUUGUUAACGCUGGAGUAGGAGGUCAACUCGAGCUCACCAGCGUUACAAUAUUCUCCAUCAUCCUCGAUGAGGGCGGCGUUGAAGCCAAUAGCCGUGUCGGAGUUGAUGUAGAUGGGCUGCUGGCCGUAAUUUGCGUUCUCGAUCACAACAGCGAUGGCGAGCGAUGUUCUCAUGAUAGGAAUGAACGAAACCUCCGCAGCAGAAGAGAACACCGGGUAGGUGUACUCCACGGUGGGCGACCAAUUCGCGCUCUCGGUCGCGAGGUUGUUGGAGAAGUCCAGGUAGAGGGUGCCACUGUUCACGCUGAUGGAGGCACCUGCGGUAAUGUCGACAGCGGCAGUAGUGGACCACUGAACUCCCAGACUGUACAACACAGAUGGCGUGAUAGUGAACUCACCGGGGACCGAGACGGGCUGAUUAAAUUCGAGGGUAUCGAAGUUAUAGGUCCAUUCUCCAGACCAAGCGUCCGUAGUUUCGAGACCCAUGACGAGGUUUCCUGUCCAGCUCAUGGUAGGCGUCAUGAAGGCGCUCAUGACCUUACCCGUGGAGGUAGCAAUCAUGACACUGCCUACAAACUCAAGGUUGGAGAUGCUCAGACCGCAGUCCACACAGCUAAGCUUACCAACCGAGGAUUGCACCAGCGUCUGCGCUGGGAUCUCAUACUCCGCGCUUGCAGUGUAGGUAAAGUUCCAGUAAGUCGCGACAACUACCUCGAGGUAGCAACCCGUCCAGGUACACUCGAUCGCAUUACGGUUGGCGUAGGCCUCCUCAACAUCAUCGUAUAG